AUCUCAGUUCCGGUUUUCCCUUCCAAGCGUCAACGUUUCUUUUUCCCAGGCGGCAGCUAGAGCAGAAGGCGGAUGAGUUUUGGACAGAAGAGGCUUCCGUUGAGGGGCGUGGCGACGCAGCCGCGGUCUGAGAGACCCGGUUCACGUGCAGGCAGCGGUGGAAUGUCAUAUUCCUUCAUCUACCAUGGCUCAGCCGGGAACUCUGAACCUCAAUAACGAGGUUGUGAAGAUGAGAAAAGAAGUGAAGAGAAUUCGAGUUUUAGUUAUCCGAAAACUUGUCAGGAGUGUUGGCCGACUGAAGUCAAAAAAGGGUACUGAAGAUGCACUGUUAAAAAACCAAAGACGGGCGCAACGAUUGCUUGAAGAAAUCCAUGCCAUGAAGGAAUUGAAACCUGAUAUGGUAACUAAAUCUGCUCUUGGUGAUGAUAUCAACUUUGAAAAAAUCUGCAAAAAGCCAGAUUCUACUGCAACUGAAAGAGCAAUUGCCAGACUAGCAGUACAUCCUCUUCUGAAGAAAAAGAUAGAUGUGCUAAAAGCUGCUGUACAAGCCUUUAAAGAAGCAAGACAAAAUGUUACUGAAGUUGAGUCAUCAAAGAAUGCUUCAGAGGACAAUCAUUCUAAGAAUACUUUAUAUUCAAAUGAUAAUGGAAGUAAUUUACAGCGUGAAGGAACUGUCAUCAGUGAGCAAAAAGUCAAAGAAACCAAAAUAUUGGCGAAGAAACCAAUACAUAAUUCAAAGGAAAAAAUAGCCAAGAUGGAACAUGGACCUAAAGCAGUGACUAUUGCAAAUUCUCCAUCAAAGCCUUCAGAAAAGGAUUCUGUAAUUUCCCUUGAGUCCCAGAAGACACCUGCUGACCCAAAACUGAAAACUCUAAGUCAAACCAAAAAAAACAAAGAAUCUGAUAGCUCACUCUCUGGUAACAGUGAUGGCGGAGAAGAAUUAUGUGAAGAGGAGAAGGAAUAUUUUGAUGAUAGCACAGAAGAAAGGUUUUACAAGCAGUCUUCCAUGUCUGAAGAUAGUGAUAGCGGUGAUGACUUCUUCAUUGGGAAAGUCAGACGGACACGAAAGAAGGAAAGUAGUUGUCAUUCUUCAGUUAAGGAACAAAAACGACUCGAAAAAGUGUUUCUUAAAGAAGAUACAGGUGAAACUCAUGGGGAUACAAGAAAUGACAAAACCAAGCCAAGUACAGAAACCAGAAAGUUAGAAUCAGUGUUUUUCCACUCUUUAUCUGGAUCUAAAAGCUCUAGAAGAAAUUUCAAAGAACAGGCUCCAAAAACAAGAUCCCUAGAUUUUCCACAGAAUGAGCCUCAGUUCAAGAAUCAGUUUAAUAAGAAGCUAUCAAGAAGACUUGAAAAUACAAAACAGCAAUUGCAGCUGCCUCUUCAUCCUUCAUGGGAAGCAAGCAGAAGGCGAAAAGAACAGCAAUCUAAUAUUGCUGUGUUUCAGGGGAAAAAAAUUACGUUUGAUGAUUGAUUAGUGCCUCUUUCUGCGAACUUUUCCAUCUAAAAAAAAAAUGUUUUUUUAAGACAGGAUCUCAUUCUGUUGCCCAGACUAGAGUACAAUAUUGCAAUCACAGCUCACUGCAGCCUCGAACUCCUGGGCUCAAGUGAUCUUCCCACCUCUGCCUCCCAAAGGGCUGGGACUGCAAGUACACGCACUACCAUGCCCAGCUUUCUCACCCCAGGCCCUGCAGCUUUUACUUAAACUCGUAUUUGAAUAAAUCUCUUGGGGAGAAUUAUAGAAUGUUUGUUUUUCUAUUUCUUUUUUUUUUUUUUUAAGUAAAUUCAACUUAUGUUUAUAUAAGCCUUUCACAAAUCCAAUAUGUACCUAAAUUGAUUUUUAAUAAUAUCCCUCAGACUGUUUCCCUUAUGAAGUAAUUCGGGGAUUUUAGUGAUCUCAUAUUUUCUCUUUAGUGCUUAUCAUGAAAUGUGCUUCACUGGUUCAGCUCUGUUGUUUCCUUAAAAAUAAAUGUCAAUAUAUAUUUAAAAUAAUAAUGGAAACAUAGGAAAUCAUAGCUAUUUAAACCAGAUCACCCUUGUUAAAAAUCAUUCUUGUUAGCAAACUAAAAUAGUAACUUUUAUUAUGGAUGUACAGAUAAAUAAAUAUUAAUUUUAUUAUAGUUUUAA